AAUAAGGAAGAGAAGGCCAGGCUGGCGGCGGGGUGGGAACAGUACGCGGGAAGGGAACUUCAGGCAUUCGUAGUAGCUGCUGGGACUCAUUGUAUGUCCUAUCCCGUCCGGGUCUGGUUGCAAAACAAGCUCGACUUUAGUGCUUAUGUACCAUGAAGUGUCUGAUCACCGGGGCCAACGUGAAGGUCCUGGGCAAGGCUGUCCAUUCGCUAUCCCGGAUCGGGGACGAGCUCUAUCUGGAACCGUUGAAGGACGGGCUCUCCCUCCGGACCGUGAACUCUUCCCGUUCUGCCUAUGCCUGCUUCCUUUUUGCCCCACUCUUCUUCCAGCAGUACCAGGAGGCAUCCCCUGGUCAGGACCAGCUGCGCUGUAAGAUCCUGAUGAAGUCCUUCCUGUCCGUCUUCCGCUCUCUGGCAACGGUGGAGAAGACUGUGGAGAAGUGCUGCAUCUCCCUCAGUGGCAGCAACAGCCACCUGGUGGUCCAGCUCCGCUGCAAGCAUGGGGUCAAGAAGACACACAACCUCUCCUUCCAGGACUGUGAGUCCUUGCAGGCUGUCUUCGAUCCGGCUUCAUGCCCCCACUUGCUCCGCACCCCAGCACGGGUUCUGGCAGAGGCUGUUCUGUCCUUUCCCCUUGCAUUGACUGAGGUGACACUGGGCAUUGGCCGUGGCCGACGGGUCAUCCUGCGCAGCUACCAGGAAGAGGAGGCAGAUGGUACCAGCAGAGCCAUGGUGACGGAGACCAGCAUAGGGGAGGAGGACUUCCAGCAGCUGCACGCCCCAGAAGGGAUAGCUCUCACCUUCUGCCUCAAGGAAUUUCGGGGGCUCCUGAGCUUUGCAGAGUCAGCGAAUUUGCCUCUUACUAUCCACUUUGAUGUUUCAGGCAGGCCAGUCAUCUUUACCAUUGAGGAUUCUUUGCUGGAUGCCCACUUUGUCUUGGCCACACUUUUAGAGCCAGACUCAUGUUCCCAGGACCUGUGUUCCCCAAAGCCCCACCAGCCAGUGCCUCAGAAGCAGGCACACAGGCCUCCCGUGACCUUGCCCCCACCUCAGAUGAGGAAGAGGAGGAGGCUGAGCCCAGUACAGUGCCUGGGACUCCCCCACCCAAGAAGUUCCGAUCACUUUUCUUUGGCUCCAUCCUGGCCCCUGCACACUCGCCCCAGGGCCCCAACCCUGUGCUGGCUGAAGACAGUGACGGUGAAGGCUGAAUCUUCUGAGAAACUAAAGUCUGUGUCCAUAGGCUCACGGACCAGAACCAGGCCCAGCCACUGGCAGAGCUGGGCGUCAAUCCCUGGACAAGGACAUGGAGAAGGGUCUAUGCCUUGGGUAGGCUCCACCCGGCUGACUGCUGCAGAGCUGCCUAGGCAACCAUGUUUGGUCUGUGUUCUAUGUUUACUCGGCCUAAUCAUGUCUCUUUCUGGUGCCCAGCUGUCACCUGAGAAACUCUUCACUUCUUACUUCCUUUGAGGCUCUAUAGUAUAGCCAGAGCCAGAAACUUCACUUCCUCAGGCUCACCUGCCUUAAAGGAAGAUGAUCAGUGUUGAGCACCUCCUGCCAGUCACGAAUUCUGUCAGACCCUUCUGUGGUCCCAACACGUGGACCUUGGCUUAGAGUCCUAAUAGCCUCUGGACCUCUUGUUACUGGUGUUGCCCCGGCUGGGCCCAUGUCCAGCCACUCAGUCUGCGCUCCCAGGUGGCUCUGUACCAAAGAACUGCUGGCCCACUGUCUGGGAUGAGGGAGACAGAGGCCAUGGCGAGAAUCCAGCUUUGACCUUUAUUCACGAGACCAGAUGGGUUACCCCAGGAUCUGGCUGCCAGCCAUGCAAGGCUGGAGACCCACAAUCUGGUCUGCCAUUGCCCUGAGCUGCAGCCUUGGCCCCAGGAUUCCACUUGCAGCCACCACCACAGGUGCCGGUGGGAGGGAGCCCUGGGGGAUUGGAUGCUGCUAUUGAUUCUUUAAAAAAUAAAGGAAAGACACUUAA